AAAUCAUUGUUGGAGCUUCACUGUGCUGUCAAUAUUUACUUUCUUGUUUGUUUCUUGUGUAAAGCAUGUCUGCAAUAAACAGAGAGAAACCUUUUUGCCAUUAGAGUCUAAAACAAACAAUCAGACAUCGUAUCGUAUCAUAUUCACCCGCCGCUGCUUGUUUCGAUGUGUCAUAUGUAUAAGAGGGGGAAAUGCAAGAUAUAAUGGAUGAAAGACUUUGAAAACAAAAAAAGAUUUAAACAAUGAAAGAAUAACAAGGGUUUAAGGCCAGGGAAAGAAAAAGAAAAGAAAUAGAAAGAGUAAAAGAUUGCUUGAAGAAACUGAGUAUGCCAUUGGAAGAUUCCUCAUAUCAUGAACACUUGGUUCAUAGCUUCACAACAGUUCCAUUAAUUCAUGCCUCAGACACUUAGUUGGUGCCAGCAGACCAUUAAGAGCGAUGGAAUUUGACUUCAAUAUCAACCAGAUCUUCACAAACAGGAUUACCAAGUUUGACAAACGAAUAAAACAGUUCAACACGAACCGGAGAGAACCAACACAACAGAAGGACCCAGCAUGUAUAGUCAUAGACAAACUUGGAAUUGCGUCUUCUAAGGCUCAAGGGUUACGAAUUCCGGUGACCAGUACUUCUAAGCUAAAAGAUUCUGACCAUCGUAUUUAUUUGUUAAAAGAUGAACAAAACCAAAAUCUCGGUGCCGCUAUUGGUUUCUUGAAGAUUGGCUACAAGUCACUGUUUGUGUAUGACAACGAUGAAAUUAUUCAUGAACUGACGCCUAUGUGUAUCUUGGAUUUCUAUAUCCACGAGUCUCGUCAGAGGCAAGGUUUUGGAAAAGAAUUAUUUGACCACAUGUUACAGGACACAAGACUGCUGCCUUGCCAGUUAGCCAUUGACAAACCUUCAUUCAAAUUUAGUUCAUUUCUCAAAAAACACUACAACCUCGUUCAUUCCAUACCUCAGACAAACAACUUUGUGAUAUACCGUGGAUUCUUCUCUGAGAAAAAGAAAGAUAUCAGAUUGAACAAGAGACUGCUGCAUUAUAUGAAUCAUUAUAACCAUGAGCAAAUUCUCCCAAAUAAAAAUGCCGAACCACAAAUUUCCAUCAACAGACUAAACUUGCAUGAAAAGGAAACGGUUCCUGCGAAAUGGGAACCAAUUUCAAAAGCAUCAGCAGAGAAUACCCAAGUGUUAACCAAGCAGCAAGAUUAUCCAAAGGAUAAAGACCUUCUUUCUGUAACCAAUUUAAAACCAGCUCCUCCUGAAGCAAAGACCUCUCUGAAAGAAAGCCAUUACAAUCCUAUUGCCGAUACGACUAAAACCAGGACUCCACAAACUACAGUGAAGCCACACCGGACCACUCCUUUACCAUUAGGUGACGACCACAGCAGAUAUCUCAGCUCAGCUCAUAAGACACCACCUGAAGAGGCUGGCAAUAAAAUCAACAGAACAAAUGGACCACAAAGAGCCAAUCUAGCUGGAGACACUGACCAUCCCAACUUCAACCCAAAGAUGCUAACAAAAGUCGACCCACUUAGCUUGUACACCAAUAGGUUAUCCUACCCAAGACAGCAUGCGAAAUUGCUUCCUUAUAUGGACUCUACAAAAAUUAGAUUGCCCCAAAUAGACCAAGAUUCAUCACAGUGCUUCCAACGCAAGUCUUCAUUCCCGAACAGAGAAAUUAAUAACAAUGUACCUUGGUCGUUAUUCAACAAUGUGGCAAAAUAUCAUUCACUCAUAAAACGGGGUUAUUCCCACACACGUAUCUGGUGAAUGGAUGAAAGCCACAGUGCAGCAUUUCAAACUGAACCACUCACUGCUUACAUUAUUUAUUAACUAAUUUCAUUCAAUUUGUUUUAUUCCACUUUU